AUGCCUCACGAUUCCCCGGUCCUUUACCUCAUCCGCCACGGCGAGAAACCUCCAAAGCAGCUCGACGGCGAAGACGGGCCAGGUCUCUCUGCCCAAGGAAUCGACCGCGCCCAGAGCCUCGUCCAGGUCUUCGGCCGCAGCAGCCCGUAUGACAUCGGGUACAUCAUCGCCCAGAAACCCCACAAACAUGACAAACAGACCCGCCCGUACUUGACGGUGACGCCUCUGGCAGAGUCCCUCAAGCCGUAUGGCGUUCCCUUCAACUUCACCAUCAACCGGGACGACGUCGACAAGGUGGCGGAGGCGGUUCACGAUUACAUCAAAGGUAAAGGCGACUUUGUCGGCAAGGGAAACGUCCUGAUCUGCUGGGAACACGACGCAUUGGAGAAGAUCGCCAAGGCCAUAGGAGUCGAGAAUGUGCCCGAUUAUCCAGGUUCUCGAUUCGAUCUCAUCUGGACGAUCGAGCCGCCGUAUAAGAAGAUCAAUAGCAUCACCUCCGAAAAUGCACCAGGGCUAGAUGAUAACAAUCCACCAAUUCCGUCAUGA